AUGGCUGUCCAUUCCUUCCGCCGCCGGAGCGUGGCCGUCCGUUUGACUUUCGCUUGUUUCAUAUAUCUUCAAUGCGCAGCGGCGAUUACUGGCUCUGUCUACCAGUUAGACUCGGAAUACUCCGGCGCGAACUUCUUCCAGGGAUGGGACUUCUUCACGGGUGGCGAUCCCACUGGAGGCUUCGUAACAUAUUAUAGCCAAAGCUCUGCCCAGCUCACAGGCUUGAUCAACGCGAGCGACACCUCACCCGUCUACAUCGGUUCCGAUCACAACACUUUGAUUGGCUCGACGCAAGCUGCGGGCAGGCCCAGCGUAAGAAUCUCCACGAAGAGGUCAUGGACACAUGGGUUAUUCAUUGGAGACUUUGAUCAUGCACCCGGAGGCAUCUGUGGCACUUGGCCAGCCUUCUGGACAUUAGGGCCGAACUGGCCAAACAAUGGCGAGAUUGACAUCAUGGAAGGGGUGAACCAGGCCACUUACAAUGCGGCGACGUUGCAUUCGAGCCCAGUCUGCUCAAUAGCAGGGGACAGCAGAACCAUGACUGGUCAGGUGUCCAACAACGAUUGCGCAUACUACGUUAGUACAUCGCGACAUCCCGGUUACAAUGUCGGGUGCGGCGUACGGGAUAAUCUGACGACGAGCUUUGGUUCCGGUUUCAAUGCGGUGGGGGGCGGUGUGUAUGCUAUGCAUUGGACAUCAGACUACAUCCGUGUUUGGUCCUUCCCAAGGGAUACGAUCCCUGCCGACAUUACCAACAAGACACCUAAUCCUUCUUCCUGGGGUCUGCCAGCUGCAAAUCUGCAAGGCUCCUGCAUCAUCGACCAGCAUUUCCAGGGCCACAAGGUCAUAUUAAACAAUGCCUUCUGCGGAGAAUAUGCGGGCGCCGCGAGCGUGUGGAACUCGACCACGAAUUCCUGCGCCGCGUCGACCGGGUAUUCUGAGUGCAAAGCAUAUGUCGCGGGUGUACCUGGGGCCUUCCAGAAUGCGUGA